CAAAUUUAAGUAGAAACGUAUCCGUACGUAGUUACAUUUUAUGCUUCAACAUUUUCGAUACUAAGAGUGAGAUUCCGAACAUAUCGCAGAAUGAAGACCAGACAAAAACAACAGAGAUAAGACCCGGAAAGCUCCGUGAAUUUGCAACUGCGAGAAUCAUGAGUCAUCUCAAUCCCGGACUUCUUUCAGCCUACAACAGUCUCACUGAUAAACACCUCACCGGGUACUUCAAUAACACCAGGAUCAGGAGACAUCUUCAAAGAGUUGGACUGAUCACCAGGAGUGGAAGGAUUGUCCCAGACAAGGAAUACAGGCAUAAGCUGAUCCAGAGGGCUCACCAGAGACAUGUACGUGAAUGCCUAGCCCAAGCCAUUUUCCACAAGGUGCUGGAUAUGGAGCGUGUCCAUCAGAUAGAGAUCAAGCGAAAGUUGGAGGAGUUUGCAAGAAGAGAGAGAGUGCAUAAAAUUAAGGUGGAGCGCUCUAAGAGGUAUGAAGAAGAAGUCAUCCACAUCCUGUCUCCACGCCCCCCCACGGGACCGAGGGCCUCCCACACACAGCAUUCUGGGCCAGAGGGGGACCACUCUGAGUCCUCUGAAUCGCCUGGCUCCUCCAGGCCCAACACAGCUCCAGGGAAGAUGCAGAGACCAGUGCGUCUAAAGCCCAUCCACAGUAACAGCACCACUGCCUCCCACCGACGUAGCUCCCCCUACAUGCACCAGGACUCCUCAAAUGACACCGACCAACGAUUCAACGUCAUUAUGGAUAAAGAUUCCAAGAAGCAUUUGACUGUGACAGAAUUUUCCCGUGGUAUAUCCCCCUACCGUCUUCCAGUCAUCAAUAACUUUGUGACCCCAGUGCCCCCUUCCAUCAAGAGGAAGGACAGGGGGCUGAAGGGCACCCCCAGUGGCACACUCAGAGGUCGGAGACUGCGCCCCACCACAGCCCCCUGUGGUCCUGAGGAGUCUCCGAUGCUCAGGACCACCUCGGUACAAAGUAAAGUGUGUGUGAGCAUGAUGUUCUUUGGAAAGACCGUGCACCUUUCCCACGACUUCAUCGACAUGAGGGACGAGGUAAAGGUUUUCCAGCAGCACUGUGGAGGGGAGAACCUGUGUGUGUACAAGGGGAAGCUCGUUGAGGGAGAAACGUUCCAGUUUGUGUCACGGCGCCAUCGUGGCUUCCCCUUCAGCUUGACGUUCUUCCUCAAUGGGUUGCAGGUGGAGCGUCUCAGCUCCUGCUGUGAGUUUAAACACAGGAAGGGCUCUCGGCUAGGCGGCAGACAUGGCCAUUUUGGCUUCUCAAAUGUGGAGGGGGCCUCACCCUGCUACAAGUGUAUCAUAGCCAUGGGACUGGACAAGAAGCCCACCCCUCCUCCCAAAAGAGUAAAAGAGGAUGUUGGGAGAGAUGUUGCCACCCACCAGGAUACACCCAAGGAUGCCCCAGAGGUGGAAGAGGAGCAAGCUGGAGGAGACCCUGGCUGUGACCCAGCUUCCAGCCAACCACAGGACAUGGAGACUGAGAUCAAAGAAGAGAUUACAUCUGAGGACCAAACCAAAGAUGGUCAUAGAGGAGUAAUACAUUCUCUUACAGACUAUGAAGAGGACUUUGAGGCAGAUGAAGAAGGACCUGUUGAGGAUGGAGAAGAGAAGAAAGACGGAAAAGGUCCCUCCCCCUCCCUCCAGAAAGAGGAGGAGGAAAAAGAGAAACAUUUCCAAUUGGACAGUGAGGUGGAGGAAAAAGAGGAGAAGAGGUCUCGUUCAGCCAGCUCUUCCAGCACUGAUAGUGAAGAGAGUGAGGUUGAGGCCGAGGCUGAAGAGGACCAGCCAGCAGUCCAGUCCAAAGACCCUGUGGAUGAGGAGGUUGUCCAGGAAGAUCCGGAUGAAAGCACAACUGACAGAGCAGCAGAGAAAGAUGAGAAAUCAACAGAGGACGCCACCACCAACGAGGAGACCUCCCCAACCCCACCCCAGACCACCACCAGCCCCACAGGAGAGGACACGGGGACACAGGACAGUCCAGCACACAGCCCACGGAGGACCGAGCCCGAACUGUCGGACGACAGUGGACCCUCAGAAACGGUGUGCAAUGGGGAUGAGGACGCAGUUGGCGCUGUGGAGGAGAGCGACACUGAAAAACUAGUAGACGAGUCGACAAAGGAGGAGCAAGACAGGGCCAAGUCUGUACAGGAGAAACUAGCGGAAGCCAUUUUGAAGGAGGCCCAGUGCAGUUCAGAGCCAGAGCUUAGUGACACAAGCACUGAAGAGGAAGAAGAGUCAGCAGAUAAAACCCAACUACUGGGUAGCACUGGUGGUGCUGCAGUGACCUUUACCAUGAAGAGACAAAUCACACAAUUUGAGGUGAAGUGUGAGGACACAGCUGAACAGAGUGAACAAGAAGUGACUUUACAAAGUGUACUAGAAGAACAAGGAGAUAUUGUUGCAAAACAGAAGACUGAGGAUGAUGAAGCUGAGUCAGAGCAGAAAACUGAAGAAGGCAGUGAGAAAAAUGAGGUUUUAAAAAUGAAUCCAGUAAUUGAUGAUACAGAGAAGGAAGAAAGCAAAGAAAUUAUUCUCGAUGAGGCUAUGGGGGUUCAGGCAGACGAGCCAGCAAAAGCAUCUGAUGUUGAGGACACUACAGUGAAAGACCAAAAGGAGGAGGAACAGGAAACGACAGAAAAGGCUGACGUACAACAUGAACCAGAACAAAAGACUGUCGAGACAACAAACUGGGAAAAUUCCGAGUUUGUGGCUCCAGAACAAGAGAGCAAGACUGAAGUAGAAACAGCAGAAACAGCUGAUGCAGAACCUGAGGUAAAGAGUGAAGUAGAGAAAAUUAAAGCAAUGCCCUUGGUGGAGCCACAGGCUACCAUCCAUAAACAGACAUCUGUAACUGACACAGAGAAUCAAGAAGACAAGCAGGACAUGCUAGGGGGCACAAAGACAGAAACCAUAGCAGAGAAUUCAAGCAGCUCAUCUGAGGGAAGUGGAGACACAACUGUUCAUGCUGAACAGACAGCAGACACUGAUGAGAAUAGUAAACAUGCACUUGAGGAAAUAAAGGACGAGCCUGAGGGUGGGGUAGAGCAAGUUAUAAAAGAAGACCAAAAAGGAACAGAAUUGACUGGAGAACAAGAGAAAACUGUAGAAUUAGACACAAGUGAUAAACUAGAUGAAGACGAAACUGUGAACGAUAACUUAAUAAAUGAAGAAGGGAUUGGUGUUAGUGAGGAGGAAAACAAGGGGACUGAUGAUGUUGAGGUGGGAGACACAGAAAAAAGUGACAUACAAGACAAUGAAGACAAAGCAGGGGAUGCAGAAAUGGUUAGGGAUGAGGAUCCACCUUUUGAGGGUAAGGUGGAAGAAAAGGUGAAAGAUGCAGAAGUAGCUGAAGACAAAGACAAUCCUGAAGGGAAGGGGAGUGAGGUAGGAUACCCUAAUGAAGCAUUUGUAGAGGGAGCAGACAAAGUUGGGGACACAGAAAAGGUUGCAGAACCUGGAACGGAUGAAAACAAGGAAGAAAAAAAUAUAGAGGAGGGUCAGGUCCAGGGGGAUAAAGAGGUUGGAGAUGACAGAUCCUGUGAUGGAGAAGAACCUGACAAAGACACGGUGACAAAAGCUGAGGAGAUAUUGGCAGAUGACAAAAAAACGGAAAAUGACGAGCAAGCUAGUUCAUCAGACAAUGAAACUGAAAUAAAGAAAGGAAAGGAGGCAGACAUGCUUCAGGAAAAGGUUGAGAAGACAGAUAAGUUGAGGGAAAUAAAAGUAGAAGAGGGUGAAACUAGAAAGGAUGACCAAAAGUCAGAGAUCAGCAACAAAGUUCUAGAUUUAGAAAACAUUGAAAACGAAAAACCAAAUGAAGACAAAAAUGAUAGCGAGAACAAUGGUGCUGAGGUAAAAGAGGAGAGCAAGGAUAAUCAAGACAAAAAUGACAGUGAAAUACAGGCUGACAGAGGUGAGCCAGCAACAAUCUGUGAACCUCAGAGUGAACCCCAGAAAGAAGGGACAGAAUCUACAAUCCAUGAUGGUGAUGACGAACUUGAGACAAAAGUCCAACAAAGCAAUGAACCAGAAGCAACUAGUGGCAAAUUCAACGAGGAGAAUGUUGAACAUUCUGGAGAAGCCCAGGCUGAAACACAAUGUGAAGAUAUACAGGUUGCCCAGGCUACACACACUUUGGACUUUGGAGAACCUUUGAACGCUGAAGAUGAACUCAAUCCGGAGUCUACAGCUGAGACAUCUGACCUCAAAGAGACUGAAGUAGUUAAAGAAGCACAGGAAUCUGAGAAGCUUCAAGAUGAACCUGAGCAAAAAAUGUAUAGCGAUAAAAGCAAUGGCAAAACUGCUCUUGAAGAUGAAGAUAAAAUAGAAGAUCGGAGCAUCCAGGAUGAAAAUGACAACACAAAUGUCAGAGAAGUACUGGUUGAUUCCUCAGUGUUGCAAUCUCAGACUUCAGAAACCCCAGAGUUAGAAUCGAACUUAGUUCCUGAAGCUGAAGCGGAACACGACCCACCUUGUGACACAGGUUCUAACACAGACAAGUCAAAUAAGAGAGACGAGUCCAUAGAAGAGGCUAGCAAGCCCUCUGAGGAAGGAGCCAGUAUUGUACACAAACCUCAAGCAGAAAUAGAGCAGGAGGAGGCGACAGACCUAAACAAAGAGAGCCGUGUGUCAGAUGGAGAAGCUAAUGUUCUUGAGGAUGUUGAGACCCAAGAACAUGCAUUAACUCCAGAAACCUUGGAUAAAGAAGACCACAGGGAUCUUGUGUCAAACUGGGUUAACAUGCAUCGGGCCUCUAAGUACUUUGAGACAUUUGUUGAACCCUUGGAUGACUUGAACAGGGUGACCUCAGAUGAUGCCGUCAGCCAGUCCAAUUCUAAUGCUAUCUUGUUAGAAUCUACUAAUGUGUCUGAGAGUCCUGACAGAUUGAGGGUGAUAGAGCAGAGUGUUGAAGAUGACGUCCAUUAUGAAAAGGCAGAUAUAGACCAUAAGGCGGUACAUCCGAAAGCCCAAAAGGAAAACUACUCUGACACGAACAUCGAAGUGGCAGACAAACACUCAGACAUUAGGAGUAACAACUCUAAACAGGAUGAACCAGAUGAAACUGGGCCCACUGAAGAGUUGAAAGCAGAGAUGGAGGUUACUGACCUGACACCUACUUCUGAAGCUGAAAACAAGAGCAGAGAAGAAACAGCAACGCCAGCCGAGGACAGUCAGACACCCGUGCAGACAAAGGAUGAUGACAAAGAAACCUCACAGAAAGAGACUGAGCUUACAGAUGUCUCCAAAAACGAAGUGGAAAGCCUAGCAAAUAAUGUUGAAGACGACAUGGGUGAGAAUCAAGCUGAGGUUGGGGAGAGCAAAGACCAAUCUGUCACUGAUGAUCAACCAGCAACAUUAGAGGAGAUAACUGACCUGCUGGCACUUUGCAAAACUGAGGAGGAACCACAGGAGAGCCGUGAGAGUCCAGAGCCUUUCUCGAAACCUGAUCUUAAGGACAUUUCAAGAGUGUCUGUUGAUACCAAAGAUCUCAAAGAGUCAGAGGAGCAAGAAAAUGCAGAGGUUACUGAAGUUACAGAUUUAACAGUAACUUCUGGAUCUAAAAAUGGUAGCCAGCAGGACUUGCAGAGUGUGAGGCAUCCAGAUGAAAGUGGGAGGGUUGACAGCAAAGACCUGGAGCUGAUCGGUGACCUUAAGGACACGCUUGGUAAAGAUGAGUUGACCACUUUCUCAGUGGAAGAGUCUUCACUGUUUGCCCGAACGUCCUACCCUCUGUUGACUACUGCACGGGAAGAGAGUGGUUAUUAGAGAUCACAGCUCACAUGAAGGUCUUGCACUUACAAUCAGAUGAACAGGAGCAGCAAAUUCUUUAGUGAUCAUAUCCUUCCAAGUGAUACUAACAUGGUGAACAGUCUACAGUUUAUGAUCAUUUCCUAUCCUUGAUUUAAUAAAACUAAAAACAAAUAGAAUACCAGGUGGAGGGAUCGAGAAUUGAUGGAGAUGGUGGAGAAUUGUCAAAGCAUUGAAAAAGUAUCUUCCCUUCAACAACGUUACGAUAAGUAGUUUGUUUACAAGUUUAGAUAGAUUAACAGAAUGUUUACGAUACCACACACGAUAUCCCUUGUCAAACUAACAAGGUCUUGCUUGUGGAGGUAUCCAGCACAAUGUUACCAGCCCCCUGUAAGUAGAUACUACUCCACUCACUCUGCACAGAUAAUUAAAUAAUUCAUAGCCUUUAAGCCUACUGGAGGUCAGCUUGCCCAUGGCACCCUAGCAUACUUCUUAGAGCACAUCUGAAGUAUGGUUUACCUAAAGUUAUAAAUACUAGUGACUAAGGCACUUUGGCACUUAUUCCUUGAUCAUACAGACAAUUUUGCAUGUGUUUGCACAAGUCAACCACUAUUCUGAGAUGAUUAGAGUGACAGUGCAAUAAAUGGAUAAACAAUCAUCAACUGUUACUUUCAAAAUACUGGAAAGUGAGAACUGUUUUGUGUCAAUAUAUUUAGCUGCUAACACUACCUCUUACAAAAUAAGUGUGGAUCUUUUUUCUUCAGUUGCCAUUCAUUCUAAAGUCAGUUUGAGUUUGUUUUGUUCACACUGUUCUAUCAAAAUGUCUUAAUUAUACUGAAUGAUUGUGUGAAGCUUGUUCAUCGUUUACAUGGAAAAUUAAAUCUCAAAUUGAUAAAUGAUUUCGAAAUGCAACUGUUUGAAUUUGACAAAAGGAUAACAGUCAUCAUACUGGGAUUGUGCUUGGUGUCAUGCACACGUGACAAAAUAUCAAUUGGAUACAUUUGAC